CCGUCAGAUCCAUCCAGAUCCGCCCGUAAUUUGCAGUCAGAUACAUCAUCGAAAGUGCUAGGAUCAGAUGAGAUCCUAUUACGUCUACCCUCCAGGAGUUAGGCUGAGCUUGGCAGAGGACCACCAAAUCCUUUCCCCGCCUUUCCGCUCAGAGUCCGCGAAACUGUCGAAAACGGCGGCGGCGGGGGCGCGCCCGCCGCCGCCACUUACUAGAAGUCCCCGUUCUGCGCCACGUGGCCGACGUCUGUGCAUUCAAUGCUUGGCCCCUCCUCCUCCUCCUACUCCUCCUCCUCCUCCUCCUCCUCCUCCUCCUCCUCCUCCUCCAUCUCCUCCGCGAUCUUCGCCUCCUCCUCCUCCUCGGCUUUCUCCCUCUUCUUCUUGCCGUAUUACUUGGGGGGAAGAGGGGAAGUUAUGCGGCCACGUAAUCAGGGCAUGGAGAUCCGUAAUUUUGGGAACCGUCAGUGGAGCGAGCGGCGUCGACAUAUUUGGCGCGCUUUGGACUGUGGGGUGUGGAGAGCUGGCGUUCGCCCGCCGAUCGGGGGAAUCCGAGGGGGAGAAAAGCGGUCGUCCGAUCGGCCCACCGUCCAGCAGCUCAGCGGUCGCGGUGUGUGAGUGUUGGGAUACCGGUCCGAGCGAGAGAUGGCCGCCACAUGGGAAAAGCGGUCGUCCGAUCGGCCGACCGUCUAGCUCAGCGGUCGGGGUGUGUGAGUGUCGGAACACAACGACGGCUGAGUGUCCACGUGGCGAUCGCAAAAGGACGAUCUCAGCGGAAUGCGCUGCAAGGGAUGUCUUCUGCACGACGUCGAUACGGUUGGAGUUUCAAGUGGGAGGAGGCUUGCACGGCCGGCCACGUGGCUCUGGUGCCGACCUCCUCGGGCUCCCGACGAUAAGAUCUGUUGCUGCGGCUGCGACGUCGGGACGCGGCGAGCUCCGCCGCUUGGCGUCGUCGUCGCGGCCGCGGCAAGUUUCGCGCCAAGUUGCGCCGACAGGGUGCCAGCGGCGACAUGGUGCCACGUGCGACCUCGUCGGGCUUCUUCGCUGGCGGCGAACAACACGUUGGGCGCCAUGGUGCCACGUGCAGCAAACUGGUGAGGCGGAGAUCGAGGUGGAUCUGGACCAGGAGGAGGUGGAUAGUCCCUCCUCCCCCUCCCCCUCCUCCUCCUCCCCCUCCUCCUCCUCCCACUCUUCUUCUUCUACCUCCUCCCCUUCCACCUCUGCUUCCUGGACAAAAAGAGAGAAAGAUCGUGUUGGCGGGGAAACUGAGAAUAGUUCCCCUGAUCAUCAGCAUCAUCAUCAUCAUCAUCAAUAUGGUCAACAACACCAUCAUAAUCAUCAUCAUCAUCAUCAUCACCAAUAUGAUCAACAACAACACCGUCAUCAUCCUCAUCCUCAUCAUCAGGAAUUUGGCGGGAAGGAGAGUGACAGCGAUUAUGGCCGGAAGGAGAGUGACAGCGAUUAUGGCGGGAAGGAGAGUGAGAGUGGCAACUUCAGGUCGUCCCAUGCAGGGCAGCAAGAUCAGCAUGCGGGGCAAUGGCAUCGCGAGGGCGAUAGGGAGGAGGAGGAGGAGGAGGGGCAGAAGACCGGAGCAUGGCGCAAUAAGCAACCUGGGCACCAUGAGCAUCAUCAGCAUCAGCGUCAGUCGUUCUAUUCGAUCUUGGGAGUCGAGGCCAAUGUGUCAUUGGCGGAGGUGAAGGCCGCGUAUCGACAGCUGGCAAGAAAAUACCAUCCAGAUGUGUGCAGAGAUGAAGAUUCAGUGCACUGUGCGAGAAUGUUCAUCGAAAUUCAGAAAGCUUACGAGGUCUUGUCCGAUCCCACGAAACGGGCGAUGUACGAUUACGCGCAGAGAAACCUCCAAGCAGCGUCUCAAUGGGGAGGAGGAGGAGGAGGAGGAGGGGGAGGGGGGAGGGAACACAGGGGACCGACGAUGCGAAAGGGCCGAAUCAACCCGUGGGAAGUGGAGGUGCCUGAGUGGAUGACUGCAGAGGAACAGGUUGAAGUGAUGGACAAGUGGAGGUCCCAGUGGACAGGGCAGCUGACCGGGUUGAAGCAGAGGGCUGCAUGGAAGAGAUCUCAAAGGGCAUGGCAGGCACAGUACGAGCAGGAACAGGCUGAGAGAAAGGAAGCGGAAAGAAAAGACGAAGAUGAUGAAGGCACAGGCCAGUAUGAUUACAAAGAUGAAGAAGAGGAGUUGGCAGAGCGGGAGAAACAGCAGGAGGAUGAGCGAAAGCCCUGGGAAGGAGGAGGAGCGGUGAGGGAGGUUAGGACGAGGACGAGGAGGAGGUAGAAGAGGAAAGUAGCUCAGCUUCUGGCUGCCAAGGAGAAGCCUGGGAAGGAGGAAGCGCAGCAGUGGCAGAGUUUACAAGGAGGAGGAGUUAGGACAGUUUGUGUGCAGCUUCUGGCUGCCAAGCAGACUAUUCAAUUUAUUAAUUACAAGCAUGCUGCUAGCAUACUUGUUGGAGAUGACCGCUGGAGGCCGACCUCUCUUUGCCGCUCGGUCUCUCUGUCUGGUAAUGUUACCUCGUCUCGUCUGGAUAGUUUGUGUGUGGACUGCUCGGUGUCUCUGUCUGUGGUCAAUCUCUGUUGGAGAUGACCGGUGGAGGCCGACCUCUCUUCGCCGUUCAGAAUUGGUUGAUUGCGGUGUUUUGCACCCAUUCAAACCUUGCUGACAGCAGUUGUAGUGACUGAGCUGUUUUUCUUUUUUUUCAUCCCACCUUUUCCCUAUCCCUUUCUCCUGCGAGACGUCCUCUCAUUUUCCACUUUGCCUUAGAAAAAAAAAGAGUCUACACCUGAUCAGUUUCUCUUUUUUUUUUUUUUUUGCUCAGUUUAGGUUAGAUACAAAACCUACGACUGUGUUGCAGGCCUCGUAUAAGACUGCAUCUCUAUCAGACAGUGCGUGGGUGGUUGCUACGGGGUUUCCCAACGCCUCCUCUUUGAUGGAUGAGGGUUGUGUACAGUGGUGUCUAGCAACU